GGGCUGGGAGGAGACCAGGGGACCUUCAAGAGGUGAGACCGUCAGAGCUCACUCCCCCCACCCCCCAUCUUGCAGGUCUCUACAGCGCCUCUGGACUCAUAUCUAGCUGGCACCAGCAAAAAGAUAACCUUGAUGGCUUCUUCACCCACUCCUCCACGUGGUGAAGGGAAGAGAGCAGCCAUGCAGCCACCUCAGGGUCGGCUGUCCUUUGAAGAGGUGGCUGUGUAUUUCACCCGGGGGGAGUGGAGCCUGCUAAACACAGCCCAAAGAACUCUGUACAAGGAAGUCAUGCUGGAGAAUUUUAGGAAUGUGGCCUCUCUGGGACCUCAGAUGGCCAAACCUGAUCUCAUAUCCAGGCUGGAAGGAAAGGAAGAACAGUUCCUUCUGAUCGCUGAUGAAAACGUGGAAUUGACAGGUAGGUGUGUCAGAGUCAGCAGAUGAAUCAUCUGAGCAUCUCCAGAUACAGAAAUACAAUGCAUACACAGACCUGAAAGACAGACUUGGAUAUCAUUAUGGUCUGAGGAACAAGGAGGGAAAAGACCCAUAUAAAGGCAGAAUUACUUCUAUUCAUCUACAGUGGGGUGACUCUCUACUGCAAAAAAUAUACAAGGGAAAGAAUAUGAACAUGUACAACAGAAGUCAGGAAACUGUUAAUAUUAAAUGGAACCCCGAUGACAAAAAGAAAA